AUGUCGCGUGACUUGGAACUUGUUCCGGUGGAUCCAUCUGCGGUGAAGCGGAAGUCAUCUCGGUCGUCGCGGAGUUGGAUUUCUAUAGACGCGACGGGGCAAAAGACGGUGCUUGACGCAGACAGACACGAGAUUUUGCACCGUGUCCAGAUCCACGCCCGGGAUCUCCGGAUACUCGACCCGAACCUUUUUUACCCGUCCGCUAUUCUGGGUCGAGAGAGAGCCAUUGUUCUUAACUUGGAGCAUAUCAAGGCGAUUAUCACAUCCGAAGAGGUUUUGCUUCGGGAUUCGACAGAUGAACAUGUUAUUCCUGUCCUGGAAGAGCUUCAGAGACGUUUGCUUGUUGGGAACGAGGAACACCAUGGUCAAGGAGAUGCUGAAGCGGGUGAAGAAGAUGAAUCCCCGUUUGAGUUCCGGGCGCUAGAGGUGGCUUUGGAAGCUAUUUGUAGCUUCCUAGCUGCAAGGACAUCAGAGCUUGAGUCAUCUGCGUAUCCUGCUUUAGAUGAACUUACCUUGAAGAUUAGUAGCCGUAACUUGGAAAGGGUUCGUAAACUGAAGAGUGCCAUGACCAGAUUGACAGCUCGGGUCCAAAAGGUAAGGGAUGAGCUGGAACAAUUGUUGGAUGAUGAUGAAGAUAUGGCUGAGCUCUAUCUUUCAAGGAAGCUUGCUGGUUUAUCUUCAUCGAUUAGCGUUUCUGAUGAACCCCUUAAGCAUCCUACGUCCCCAACACUAGGUUCUAUGAUUUCCAGAGCAAGUAGACUGAGUUUAGCCACGAUUCGUGGGGACGAUGAUGAAAAUGAUGUCGAAGAACUUGAAAUGUUGCUUGAGGCAUACUUCAUGCAAAUCGACAGCACUUUGAACAAAUUAAACGCGUUACGUGAGUAUAUUGAUGAUACAGAGGACUACAUUAACAUCCAGCUAGACAAUCAUAGAAAUCAACUGAUUCAGUUAGAGCUUAUGUUAAGCUCAGGAACCGUCUGUGUCUCAAUGUACUCUAUGAUCGCCGGAGUAUUCGGCAUGAACAUUCCCUACGCAUGGAACGACGACCAUGGAUACAUUUUCAAAUGGGUGGUAAUCCUCACGGGGAUGCUUUGCAUGGUCUUGUUCGUCAUUAUAUUGUCGUACGCUCGGUUUAAAGGGCUCGUUGGAUCUUGA